UUUUUGGAUGUUCAUCGGAGAAGGGGGAAAAAGAGGGAGAAAGGGAAAUCAUCUGUCCUAUCGCUCUGUACCUCUCUCUCGUCUUCUUCUUCGGACGCGUCUUCUCUUCCAGCCCUGUUCCUAUUUUAACCUAUUCCCAUUCUCCAUUUUCUUAAAAAAUCCCUUAAACAAACAAGCAUUCCCCCGUCUUCUUGUUCAUUCAUUCACAGAUUCCAUCUUUUCAACGCUCCGAUUCCCGCAGAUCGUCGCCUCCCCCUUUUCCCCACCCCAUGAACCCCCAAUAACGUCCCUCCUAGGGUUUUAAUUCCGUCGGCAAUCAACCCCCAACUCCUCGAUCCUCUCGUUAUUUCAAUCAAGGGUUUCGAUCGAAUUUAUUCCUCUCCUGGUAUCUUUUACUUCUCCUCCCCCCCAAUGUCUAAUUUCGUUAUUUGCGUUCAUAUGUGGCUCUGGAAUCACUGGAUUAUAUAGGGGGUGCCUAGGGUUUUCUACUGGACAGUUUUCUAUUGUCGACUCGUCUGAAUAAGAGUAGGGGUUUUGAAAAGUUUCAAUCUUGUACAAUUGUACUGAUAUGGCUUUGUAUUUGUCGCAACGUGCUUGAUGACGUUUGCAGUUUCUGUGCAAGCUUGACGCGAUAUCUGUUUCUUUAUUGUUAUUUUUUUACCACUAUGUUUUCUAAUUAUGUAAAAGGUCAACGUGUAAGGGUUUGGGAAUCGAGCCUACACUGGUUGCCCAUAUAAGCGAUGUUAGGUCUGAAUUGCAACGCCUUCGUUACUACCAGCUGCUUCUUUCAUCGGGCCGAAUGGCAUCCGUUGGAAUAGCAUACCGGACUCGGGCUUGCAGGCCCUUCAUCCCUUUGUAAAUCAGGUGCAGUUCAUAUCUGAAAGCUGGAAUAAUUUGUCCUCCGUGAAUUAUGAACAGCGUUCAAUUAAUUUUGUUUUGGCGCAUGACACACACCCCUUCCUAUUUGUUGACUAUAUCUGAGGAUAGGUUUGUUUGGUUGCGGAUAAUUUAAACAACUACUUCAAUUCUCAAAAUCUCAUGAACAAAAAAAGUUUCUCGAUUGCCAAAAUGAUUGGCUGCUGUGGUUGCUUCGGGUUUACAAAAAAGCAUAAAAGAGCGCUGAGACCUGCUCCUGGCUUCAGCCGCCUUUCUGAGGAUUUUUUGUUGGGUGAAGACGUGGACGAUGAAGAAAGCUGCUCGUCUCAUGAUGAUAUGACUAGCACUACACAUGAAGAAGAAACUGACACACACAGCCGUGUAAAGAAUUCGGAAGAGAUUUUGCAGCAUAGAACACAAAAUGGAUUGAUUUGCCGGCAAUUCCCUGUCAAGGAGACAAAUAAAGUUUUUCGCUCAGAGGAUGAGAAUGGAAAUAAGACGGUCAAUGAAUAUGUUCGUGAGUGUAAGAUUGGUUCUGGUAGUUAUGGGAAAGUGGUUUUAUAUCGAAGUAAUAUUGAUGGAAAACACUACGCAAUUAAGGCUUUUCACAAGUCUCAUUUGUCAAAGCUGCGAGUUGCUCCUUCAGAGACUGCUAUGACUGAUGUUCUUCGUGAGGUUUUGAUCAUGAAAAUGUUGGAACAUCCGAACAUAGUCAAUCUAUUAGAAGUGAUAGAUGAUCCAGAAAAUGAUCGCUUUUAUAUGGUUCUUGAAUAUGUGGAAGGCAAAUGGGCUUGUGAGGGUUGUGAUCCACCACGUGGUCUAGAUGAAGAUAUUGCUCGGAAGUACUUGCGUGAUAUUGUCUCGGGGCUGAUGUAUCUCCAUGCUCAUAAUAUAGUGCAUGGUGAUAUUAAACCUGAUAAUUUGUUGAUAACUCACGACGGUACAGUGAAGAUAGGGGACUUCAGCGUUAGCCAGGUUUUUGAGGAUGAAAAUGACGAGCUUCGGCGUUCUCCAGGAACUCCUGUUUUUACUGCACCAGAAUGCUGUUUAGGUAUAACUUAUCAUGGCAAAGGGGCAGAUACAUGGGCAGUUGGGGUGACCUUGUACUGUAUGAUACUGGGUCAAUAUCCAUUUCUUGGAGAGACACUGCAAGAUACCUACGAUAAAAUUGUCAAUAAUCCAUUAGUGCUACCGGAUGAUAUGAAUCUCCAGUUGAGAAAUUUGUUGGAAGGGAUUCUAUGUAAAGACCCGAGCCAGAGGAUGACACUGGAAGCCAUUGCAAAUCAUAGCUGGUUGAUCGGAGUGCAAGGUCCAAUCCCACAAUAUUUGUGCUGGUGCAAGCGCCGCAAGACUUUAGUCGGGGAAGAACAAUCAGACUUGCAACGAGAAGAAAAUGGGAGUAAAUACGAUGAUCUCGACGUGGCUUCUCAUAAUUCGUCUAUGUAGCCUGAAACUGUUUAUGUAAAUUUAAAAGCUAGAUGGGUUAGCUCUUCUCUCUCUCUCUCUCUCCCCUUGAUAGUUUUUGACCAUUUUAUAGUCUUCAUCCUUUUUUGGUUUACUUGAGGAUAAACAUGGAGUGCAAUUUAUAUCGCCGGAGAAAGCAUGGGGUUCUAAAGACAUCAAAGAUUGUUGUUCUUUUAAAGAUUUUUCCACCACCAGUUUGAUUAAGUUGCACCUUGAUUCUUGUACUUAGGUGUUCUUUUAUUUUUAUUUUUUAUCAAAUUUAAACAAUGUAUUUUGAUAGGAUUUGACAAGUGGCAGAGGAAAAAUGCCAUUCGUAUCUGAUAUAUUUUUAAA